GGCAGCGAAGCGGCUCCAGGAAGGGGUAGUAUGAGGGGCGGUGAUUGCUUGCUGAUUUCAGCCACGGGACAUGUGACCGGAAGGGCUCCGGACGGACGCCGUCCCUCCUCCUAGCGUCCCGAGCGCCCGGCCCGACCCCGGCCAUGGGAUGCUGCUACAGCAGCGAGAACGAGGACUCGGACCAGGACCGAGAGGAGCGGAAGCUGCUGCUGGACCCUAGCAGCCCCCCCACCAAAGCCCUCAAUGGAGCCGAGCCCAACUACCACAGCCUGCCUUCUGCUCGCACAGAUGAGCAGGCCCUGCUCUCCUCUAUUCUUGCCAAGACAGCAAGCAACAUCAUCGAUGUGUCUGCUGCAGACUCCCAGGGCAUGGAGCAGCAUGAGUACAUGGACCGGGCAAGGCAGUACAGCACCCGCUUGGCUGUGCUGAGUAGCAGCCUGACCCAUUGGAAGAAGCUGCCGCCACUGCCAUCUCUCACCAGUCAGCCCCACCAAGUGCUGGCCAGCGAGCCCAUCCCCUUCUCUGACUUGCAGCAGGUCUCCAGGAUAGCUGCUUAUGCCUACAGUGCACUUUCUCAGAUCCGUGUGGACGCAAGAGAGGAGCUGGUUGUACAGUUUGGGAUCCCAUGAAGACAGGGUUCCUUGGACAGCUCUUCUCCUCCUCUCUUCACCCCGUCUUCACCCUGCCUCCCCCGGCCCCCAGCCUCACUGCGACUUUACUGUACCCUAACCUGCUACUAAUCACAGAGAAGAAUGUGGAGAAGAGCGAGGCUAGAAGCCUGAACAAGUGAGGAUGGAGCAAGAGAGGGAAGAACCAUUUGGGACUGGCCUUUGAAGCCCUGGCCAGAGGUGGGGUGGGGGUCAAAAGGACAGGGCCUGGUAGGUCUUCACUGUCACUGGGAAGAGGUGGAGGUAACACUGAGGGUGAUCACUAGGGGGCCUGUGGAGGCCCCUUUCCUACUCUUUCUCUUGGCCUCACUCCUGUGCCCCUCUCCCUGACUUUAUGCUCACAGGCACCUCACUAGGGUUUGUGACCAGUGUCUGGACGAGCUUGAAUUUGAAUGAAUUGAGUUUGCAUUUCUAGCACCCUGGGUUUUUACAUGUUUGGGGGUUUUGGUGUUUUUUGUUUGUUUGUUUAGUUAUCUCCCUCGAUAAAGGAAAUGUAUUCAUCUGU